AUGGAGGCUGAAUUGCCAGGAGUUAGCAGCCAGACCUACAUCUGGGAACCCCUUACAAUGAGAAAUGCUGUUCCCGGUCACAGAAUCACAGAAUCACAGAAUGACCCGAGCUGGAAAGGACUGACGAGGAUCACCGAGUCCAACCCCUCUGCCUGCACAGGACAGCCCACGCCCGUUCCGCACGGUGACCUUGGCGCCGCCGCCAGCGCUCGGGGCGGCCAAUGGGCGGCGGCGGCCCGAGCAGGCCGGGCCCGGCGCGGGGCCGCCCGUGACGCACUUGGGGAACGCGAGCCCCGCCAUGGCGCCGCCCCGGGGCACCGCCGCGCCGGCGCCCCCGCCCCGGGCACCGCGGCCGGGAGGGACUCGGUCCCGGCCGCCGCCCGCAACUCCGGUGGCGGAAACUUCGCGUUAACUCUCGGCGCCGCCGCCCGGGGGAGGGCGGCGAGCGCCGCGCAAGAAAUAAACAAAAAGCAGCUGAGCGCCUCCGCUCCGCGCGGAGGACAAAAUCCGGGGGCAGGGGGUCCCGGGCUUCCACGGGACGGAGAAAUCGCAUCGGGCGGGUGGCCGGCCAGAGGCGGCCGGGAGAAAACCGGGACGCCCCAGAGCCAGGGCCCGCUCCUCGCUCCCUGCCCCUCCAGGGUCCCCUCGCCGCGGCCGGGGCUGGGACAGAGCCGGGGCCCCCCCAAAGCGCCAGGCCCGCUCGUCGCUCGCACCCGGCCCCUCCAGGUCCCUCCCUACGGCCUGGGAGAAAACCAGGACACCCCAAAACCAGGGACGCGCAAAAGCCAGGUCCCCGCUCCUUGUCUCCUAAAAAAUAAGCGCCGAGAAAAGAGAAACACCAGGAAAGGUCUCGCUUCCUACCUGGGCAGGGUUCAGCUCAGUUCAGUGCGUGCCGAGGAGGAGGGGGCAGAGAAGCGCUAUCUAAAACAAAAGUGGCGCCAAAACCCCCCAGUGAGGAGCUUUCUUCCUCCUCCUCCUCUGCCCCCUCCCCCAGCAGGGCCGGCGAGAGCCCGGCGGGGCUCCUGCAACACGCGGCUCCCGGCACCGGGCGGCCCCGCGCAACUUGGCAAAGGCCCCUUCCUUACAAAAAACAAACAGGGAAAGGCGCACGGAAGCUGCCACAACUCUUCCUGUGCGCGGGCAGCGCCGGGGAGCUUCCCCCGGGGCACCCGGGGGGGGAAACCUCGCCCCACAAAGCCCUGCCCCGAGCUGGGCGCCGGGCCGGGGGCUCAGCGGGGGCGGCAAGGGUCGGUUCCCAAGUCCCCACCGGGGCAGGGGGGGAUCCGGCAGCUUCCCGAGGAGGCAGCGGGUGGGUCCCCCUCGUCCCCACCGGGGCAGGGGAGGCGCAGGUUGUUCCCCAAGUCCCCACCGGGGCAGGGGGGGGUCCCGCAGCUUCCGCAGGGAAGGCGCGGGUUGGUCCCUGCCGGGGCAGGGGAGGCGCAGAUCGGUCCCCACGUCCGCACCGGGGCAGGAGGAAGCACCGGGUCGGUCGCCACCGGGCCAGGAAGAGGCAUCGAGUCGGUUCCCCACGUCCCCACCGGGGCAGGGGGAGGCAGCGGGUCGGUCCCCACCGGGGCCGGGGAACUCUCUCGCCGGCCCAGCCUCUCUAGAAGGCACCGAGUCGAUCCCCAGUCCCCAUCAGGGCAGGGGAAGGCAGCGUGUCGGUUUCCAGCGGGACAGAGGGAGGCAGGAGGUUGGUUUCCCAAGUCCCCACUGGGGCCGGGGACUCUUCCGUCGCCGGCCCAGCCUCUCCAAGAGACACGGAAUCUAUCCCCAUUUCCUCACCGGGGCCGCAGAACCCCCGUCCCAGCCUCUGGGACAGGGCCGGCCGAAGCUGCCCCACUCGGCUUAGCCAGCUCAGAGCCUCCCCCCCGCCCUGCGCAGGGAGGUCUCGCCCGGCGGGAAGCGGGGCAGCUCUGCCCUCUCUGCCUCCCCCACCAUUUUCUGCUGCGCGGCGCAGCGCCCUCCUCCAUGGGGCACCGACCCCUUUCCCUCGCCGCGCGGCCUGCCCUCGCUCGCUCGCUCGCACACAGACACACACACACACACAAUGCCCGAGCCUCCAUCUUGCCGGCAGCCCCCGCUCCGCUCGGGAAAAGGGCGGAGGAGCUGGUUCUCCAUUUUAACUCGCUUGCGGGCGGCGGCCCCCCCCCCGGCCCCGCCGCCCCGGUCGCCGCCAUCGCCAGUCCCCCCGCCAAACUUCCAGAAGCUUCGCCGCCAUUUUCUAACUUACCUUCCCCAGCGGCGGGCGCAGAGCGGCGAGCAGGCCCCGGGCCCGUAGCUCCGUUCCUGUUUCCCGUUCGACGCGGUUGCCGGCCGUUCGGCCCGUCCUGUCCCGGCGCCCGGGUCUCGUCGGGGGGAGGGGAGGGUGUUUCGGGAGGGCGAAGGGGAGCGGGCAGGUUGUUUAAUUUGGCGGCGGCGCGGGGGAUUGUUUGGGGUGUUCGCUGCGCGGCGGCUGCCGAGCGAGGGGAGGCCGCGGGCGCCACCUGGCGGACAAGCGGCGGCGCCCGCUCUCCUGGGCGAGGGGCGACACCUGCCGGGCGGAGCGUGCGGCGCCGCCAGCAGCGGCGUAAACAACGUGAGGCGCGUGCGCGGGGCGGGGGCGGGGGGAGGAGGAGGGGGCGGGGCCGCGCGCGCGGGGCGGGAUCGGGGGAGCUGAGGCGCGGGGACGGCCCUAAAAGGAGCGGGAGCGGCGGGAGGGACGCGGGCAGAGGGGGAUCGGGAUCGGGAUCGGGAUCGGGAUCGGGAUCGGGAUCGGGAUCGGGAUCGGGAUCGGGAUCGUCAUCGUCGUUUUACAGCUCAGCGCUGAACCGGGUGCCCUUCCAAACAAGGCGUCCCGUCUGGCCACAGCAGUGCGUGUAUCUGACAGUUAUAGAGAAAGAGCCGUCUGACUCCUCAAAGGUGGUUUAUUUCUUAGGUUAUCCAACCCCCGCUGGAGACUCUCUGCAGGGUCUGUCUUGA